AGGAAUUACAAUCUGUUUGUGCUUCAAAUAUGAGGGAUAAUGAUAUUGAUAGUAGUGGAAGUCAUGAAAAUAUGUGCGUUGAUGGGGAAAUUGAGAGCCAAGCUCGGGAAAUUCCACCGGUAGCACUAAUUGAUCAAAAUGCACAAGAAGUGUCUUCUGAUCCAAAGGAUAAGAAGCGUAAGGGCAAGGCUAAGGCUAAGGACAAGGAUACGGGCAAGGUCAAGAGCCAGGGUAAAGCCCUAACAUCUGAUGUGUGGCUAUAUCUUGUGAAAGUUGGUAUUGUAGAUGGAGUAGAGAAAUGUAGAUGCAAGGCGUGUCACAAAUUAUUAACUUGUGAAUCAGGAAGCGGAACUAGUCAUUUAAAGCGUCAUGUACGUAGUUGUAGCAAGACUAUAAAAAAUCAUGAUGUGGGUGAAAUGAUGAUUGAUGUUGAAGGAAAAUUAAGAAAGAAAAAGUUUGACCCUAUGGCUAAUCGAGAAUUUUUAGCUAGAAUCAUGAUUACACAUGGUGCACCAUUUAAUAUGGUUGAGUGGAAGGUGUUUAGAGAAUACCAGAAGUUUUUGAAUGAUGAUUGUGUUUUCGUUAGUAGAAAUACAAUAGCCAAAGAGAUUUUGAAUGUUUAUCGUGAUGAGAAACAAAAGCUGAAAUCACAGUUAGCUCAAAUUCGAGGGAGAGUUUGCUUGACUUCUGAUUGUUGGACGGCAUGCAGCAAUGAAGUUGGGGCUGUUCUUGAUCCAACCAAAAAGUUUAACUUUUUGAAAUUUGCUUAUGAAAAACUUGACCCACUCACAAGUGAGGAGAAGUUGAAAAAAGUUAAGAUGACUUUGGGGAAGCUUUUUUCCGAGUACAUCAAGAAUGGAAUUCCUUCUAAUCUAAGCUCUUCACAAGUCCAGCCUAGCUAUGGUGGAGGAACUCGAAUUACAUCAUCUUCAUAUGAUGAAUUUGAAGAAUAUGAAAGCCAAUCAAGUAACAACACCGGAAAAUCAGAACUUGAUACUUAUUUAGAUGAGUUGCGGAUGCCUCUAUCUCAAGAAUUUGAUGUCUUAGCUUUUUGGAAGGAAAGAAGUCGUAGAAGUCCAAAUCUUGCAAGGAUGGCUUGCGAUAUAUUGAGUAUUCCAAUAACAACGGUGGCAUCAGAAUCUGCGUUUAGUAUUGGCGCCCGAGUUGUGAAUAGGUAUAGAAGUUCAAUGAAAGAUGAUUCUGUUCAGGCUCUCUUGUGCGCACGUAGCUGGUUACAUGGUUUUGAAGGUAUGGUUUUUAUAGUUCUAUCAUUUUUACAAUUGUUUUAUAGUUUAUAUUAUUGUCAAUAGAACUGGCUGAAGUGGUUUUAAGGUACUGAACCAUUAAUAUGGUUCAAAUCAGUUCAGUUUAUUUACCAUGUAUUGAUGUACACCCCUAUCAAGUGACUCAACAUGUUGCUUGAGACCAAACAAUUACAGAGAUUAAAAGCAACAUGUCUUUUAGCAGGGGAGUUCAUGGCAUAGUUCCUGAAUUGAAGCAUAUUAACUG